AUGGUGCCCCUUCCCAGCAGCCCAGUUGAUGCCAUCAGCAUAAGAGCUAUGUUCCCCUUUGUGAUACAGGCCAUUCAGAGAAUGCCAGGCUAUUAUGUCCUGAGAAAGAAUCUCCUGAGUGAAGAUAAUCAGAGGAAAAAGUCAAUGAUUUACACUGUCUUUUGGGGAGAUAUUGCCUUAGAUGUUGAAGACUUAAAAAUCUUUCAGAUUGAUAGGACAAUUGAUCUUACACAACAUUCAGAGGGGAAAAAUGGACAUAAUACUGGUGGCUUUGAAGAACGUGAGGUGUCAAAAAAAAGCAAUGUUCUCUAUCAGCUUAUAGACAGGAUAAGAAGAAUCGAGUCAGGUUUUGAACAAAAAAAUAAAACAAAGGCAAGACCAACUUUAACAUUCUCAGGGAACAAUGAGAGAAAAAGAUUUUCCCGGGCAGCUACAUCACGCACAGAAAGAAUAUGGCCAGGAGGUGUGAUUCCAUAUGUCAUAGCAGGAAAUUUCACUGGCAGCCAACGAGCAAUGUUCAAGCAAGCAAUGAGACACUGGGAAAAAUAUACCUGCGUUACAUUCAUCGAAAGAAGUGAUGAAGAAAGCUACAUAGUGUUUACAUACCGGCCUUGCGGAUGCUGCUCCUAUGUAGGCCGAAGAGGCAAUGGUCCUCAAGCAAUUUCUAUUGGCAAGAAUUGUGAUAAGUUUGGAAUUGUUGUUCAUGAAUUGGGACAUGUAAUAGGAUUUUGGCAUGAGCACACAAGACCAGACAGAGAUGAUCAUGUCGCCAUCAUCAGAGAGAACAUUCAACCAGGCCAGGAGUACAACUUUUUGAAGAUGGAGCCUGGAGAAGUGAAUUCUCUGGGAGAAGCGUAUGAUUUUGAUAGCAUUAUGCACUAUGCCAGGAACACCUUCUCAAGGGGUAUGUUUCUGGAUACCAUACUUCCUUCCCGUGAUGAUAAUGGGAUCCGACCGGCCAUUGGUCAGCGCACACGAUUAAGUAAAGGAGAUAUUGCACAAGCCAGAAAACUGUACAGAUGUCCAGCAUGCGGUGAAACCCUGCAAGAGUCUACAGGCAACUUUUCCUCUCCAGGAUUUCCAAAUGGUUAUCCUUCAUAUACACAUUGCAUAUGGAGAAUUUCAGUGACUCCCGGAGAGAAGAUUGUUCUAAACUUUACAACAAUGGACCUCUAUAAGAGCAGCCUCUGCUGGUAUGACUACAUUGAAGUAAGAGAUGGCUACUGGAGAAAAUCUCCUCUGCUUGGCAGAUUCUGCGGAGAUAAACUCUCAAACAUUCUCACAUCUAGUGAUAGUAGAAUGUGGAUCGAGUUCCGUAGCAGCAGCAACUGGGUAGGGAAAGGGUUUGCAGCCAUUUAUGAAGCAAUUUGUGGAGGUGAGAUACAUAAAAAUGAAGGCCAGAUCCAGUCUCCUAAUUAUCCCGAUGACUAUAGACCAAUGAAGGAAUGUGUGUGGAAAAUAACAGUGUCAGAGAACUACAAUGUUGGAUUAACCUUUCAGGCAUUUGAGAUUGAGAGACAUGAUAAUUGUGCCUAUGAUUAUUUAGAAGUCCGAGAUGGAAUGAGUGAAAGCAGCCCUUUGAUUGGCCAUUUUUGUGGCUAUGAUAAACCUGAAGAUAUAAGAUCUACCUCAAAUACCCUGUGGAUGAAGUUUGUUUCUGAUGGGACAGUCAAUAAAGCAGGAUUUGCUGCUAAUUUUUUUAAAGAGGAAGAUGAAUGUGCCAAAUUGGACAAUGGUGGAUGUGAACAACGAUGUGUGAAUACGCUGGGCAGUUAUCAGUGUGCUUGUGAUCCGGGUUAUGAGCUUGGGCCUGAUAAGAAGAGUUGUGAAGCUGCCUGUGGGGGUCUUCUGACAAAGCUGAAUGGGACUCUAACAUCACCAGGGUGGCCCAAAGAAUACCCCCCUAAUAAAAACUGUGUGUGGCAACUUGUUGCUCCCACCCAGUACAGAAUCUCAGUGAAGUUUGAGUUCUUUGAACUGGAAGGGAGUGAAGUGUGCAAAUAUGAUUAUGUGGAAAUCCGUAGUGGCCUUUCUACUGAUUCCAAACCACAGGGCAAAUUUUGUGGUACGGAAGUGCCUGAAGUUAUCACAUCCCAGUAUAACAACAUGAGAAUUGAAUUCAAAUCCGAUAACACAGUUUCAAAAAAAGGUUUCAAAGCUCACUUCUUCUCAGAUAAAGAUGAAUGUUCAAAGGACAAUGGUGGCUGCCAGCACGAAUGCAUUAACACUUUUGGAAGCUAUGUAUGCCAAUGUCGGAAUGGAUUUGUGCUUCACGAAAACAAACAUGACUGCAAAGAAGCUGAAUGCGAACAGAAAAUCCACAGCCCAAAUGGAAUUAUCACAAGCCCCAACUGGCCUGAUAAGUACCCAAGCAGAAAGGAAUGCAGCUGGGAAAUAAGUGCCACACCUGGUCACAGGGUCAAAAUAGUAUUUAUUGAGUUUGAAAUUGAACAACAUCAGGAAUGUGCUUAUGACCAUCUGGAGGUGUUUGAUGGAGAAAAUGAAAAAUCCCCAAUUCUGGGGCGUUUAUGUGGAAAUAAGAUACCAGAUCCUCUUAUUGCCACAGGAAAUAAAAUGUUUCUUCGAUUUAUCUCUGAUGCAUCAGUUCAAAGGAAAGGCUUCCAAGCAACCCAUUCAACAGAGUGUGGUGGCCGCCUGAGAGCUGAAAGCAAAAUGAGAGACCUUUACUCUCAUGCUCAGUUUGGUGAUAAUAAUUAUCCAGUUCAAGCAGAUUGCGAAUGGUUGCUGGUGUCAGACCAUGGCUAUCGAAUAGAAUUGGUUUUUCAGACAUUUGAAGUGGAAGAAGAAGCAGACUGUGGUUAUGACUACUUAGAAGCCUUUGAUGGCCAUGAUACAUCUGCUCUGAGGAUUGGCCGGUUUUGUGGAUCAGGGCCCCCGGAAGAAAUUUAUUCAGCAGGUGAUUCUGUUUUACUCCAUUUUCAUACAGAUGAUACAAUUAACAAAAAAGGCUUUCAUAUACGAUACAAAAGUAUAAAAUAUCAAGAUAAUGUUCACACUCAAAAAUAACACAAGACACUCCAAAAUUAAACAGAGAAUGACUGUUUCGAAGGGGUGGAAGGAUUCUUUAAAAAAAUACUGACAGUAUUAGUAAAAAGCAAAGAUUUUUUUUAGCCCAUGAUUGCAAACAGAGGAAAAACUGAAACAUCUCACUCUUAGAUAAACUCCUCUUUGUAGAGGGACAGAGACAUUAUGGUGACAACAUAUGGUCUCCAUUCAUGGUUGUCUUUGCAAACUGGUGAAAAGAUAUUGCAUGCUUCCAAGGAGACUGUAAGAGCUUUGUUCACAGCUUGACAAAUGCCAGGGUUGUUUCCAUCUUCAACGACAGGAAAAAGAUCCUGCUGACUGUAACUUUUUGACAAGUGACUUGAAUCCAGGAGAGGAGGAAAAACUCACCUGCUACACAGGUCAUGCACUUGAAAUGUUGUCUUUGUAUUUUUUUUCUUAUUCUAAUUGCAUCAGUGGCACAUCCAAGAUUUAAAAUGUACAAAGAAAAGUUGCGAGAAGAAGAAAGCUGAUUCUUUUUUUUUCUAUCCCUCAUGUAAAACCUGGAAAACUGUAUUAAAUCUGUGGGCAGUUUUGGUUCAAUAACAAAGUAGAACUCAUCGUUGUACAUUCAUGGUUCACUAUGAAUACAUCCAGACUUUGGAUAUUGUCUGUAACUGAGGGUAUUAAGUGUAUUUUUUGCUGAAGUACUGUAGUAGGCUAAGCCCUUACAUAAGACUAUGAACCAAAUCGGAAUUGGUCUUUUGCCAGCCUAAGGCAAACUUCUUCCCAGUGAUCAGCAGACAGAACCAGGACCAGAAUAACUCAACACAUCCAUCAUAAAUUUCAUUCCACUGGCAAAAAUGAACUGUCACUCCACAUUUCCUGGGAAAUGUUUGUGAACGAACUAAUCAUUUUAUUAUUAUUUUAAGCCAAUAAAAAUGAGGAAACAAGUUGUUUCAACAACAAAAAAAGCAAUUGAAAAAAGGAUUUUUUUUUCUUUUGUGGUGGCAAAGACUAUUUCUAUGGUGCUAUUCCAUGAACUUUAAAAGAAAUCUCCACAUCCCAAGAUACUAGAUUUUUGAGCCAAUAACCUGCUGAUCAGAAAAAAGAGUUGUUAUGCCUUUUUGCAUAUUAACAGGGACAGCUUUCUAGACAAGA